CAACAUUGACUUGUUCAGAACCUUGUCGAAGGACGACUUCUACAAUUUCACAUUAACAGAGCAUACCGCAUACAAGACCAGGUAUCUCAGAUUUUGAAGGUAAUAGCAACAACCGAGUGAGCUCAAACACCAAACUUCACAAAACAACCACAACAAACGAACGACAACCCGCUCUCGAAGAUAAAAGCCAUCAAGAUAUCAAAAAUGGCCACCGACGUCGCUGUUGAAACCACCAUGGGCACAUUCACCCUAGAACUCUACACUACCCACGCCCCCAAAACCUGCAAAAACUUCGCCACACUCGCCGACCGCGGCUACUACGAUGCCACCCCCUUCCACCGAAUAAUCAAAGACUUUAUGAUCCAAGGCGGCGACCCUACGGGCACGGGGCGCGGCGGUUCCUCAAUCUACGGCGAGAAGUUCGAAGACGAGAUCCACCCCGGGUUGAAACACACCGGUGCCGGGGUGCUAAGCAUGGCGAACGCGGGACCGAAUACCAACGGGAGCCAGUUUUUCAUCACGUUGGCGCCGACGCCUUGGUUGGAUGGGAAGCAUACGAUUUUUGGACGCGUAAAAAAGGGGAUGGGGGUUAUAAGAAGGAUGGGCAUGGUGCCGACUGAUAAGGAGGAUCGGCCGGCGACGGAGGUGAAGAUUGUGAAGGCGAGGGUGGUGAGGGAGGAGGAUAUGGAGGCUUGAUCUUGAUGGGGGAGUGAGUGAGGGAGUGAGGGAGUGAGGGAAUGAGAUAGUGAGGGACUGGGAUGAAGGUGAGGAUGAGGAUGAUGAUGAGGAUGAGGAAGUUGGAGUAUGGGUCUUGAGAGCUCGUUGAACUGGUCAAAAUGAGCUGCCGCAUUGUUGCGCUGAUUUACAAUGGUUAGGAUAUACCAAAGGCCUUACCUCACAGUCAACUUCCUCGUCUUAGGCAAUUUACAUGCAUUACACAGCUGUGAAGGAG